AUGACAUCUGUUCCUACAAUCCUCGCCACCUGCAAACAGACCCGAUUCCAUCUUCUAGAUGACAAUCCCUCACCAGAGAUAGAUGUAGAGGGCCUAGUCAUAACGGUCACCUCAGCUCACGAUUCAGCCGAAGAUGCACCGAAAACAAAAGGAAAAGGAAAAUCCAAAGCCAAAGCAACAGGACGAGAACUUAUCUCAGAUGGCCAUCUUCGCCUCAAGGGCGGUAUUCACUAUGGGUUAAUAGGACGGAAUGGAACCGGGAAGUCAACACUUCUGAGGGCGAUGGCUGAAAAACUUAUUCCUGGGAUUCCUCACCCGACUCGAAUUGCAAUUUUGCAACAGACGCAAGAUCAAGAUGAGUCUGGUAGUUCCUAUGGAUUGAAUCUAGAGAAGACAGUCUUGGAGUCUGUACUUGGCAGUGAUGAGUCUAGGAAUGAGGCUGUUCGCUUGUUAGAUUUUCUUUCGAAGAGUCUUGAUACGGAGGAUCCAUUCAAACCUGUACAAGCCAUCCGCAAAAUUCGACAUGAGCAAGCAGGAAAGAAACUAUUUCUUGCGCAAAAGAACGCCAAUUUGAAGUCUGGCGCUAGAGGCCUACAAGCGCGAAAGGAUUUGAAAGCCGCGGAGGCAAAACUUGAAUUAACUCAAGAAUUGCUUGCUCAAGAACCCGAUGCCAUAGACGCCGAAGCAGUCCAAACGGAUACACAGGAAGCCGCAGAAAUGCUUCAAAACUUACAAGCCCAGCUUGAGGACCUCAAACUCGCAGAUAUAGAGAAAGAAGCGCGACGAAUCCUGCUAGGUCUCGGAUUCAAAGAAGAAGCCCACCAAAGAAAAGUAGGCACACUAUCAGGAGGAUGGCGAAUGAGAUGCAUGCUUGCGAGCGUCUUGGUCCAGAAACCCGACGUUAUGAUUCUCGAUGAACCGACCAAUUUCCUAGAUCUACUGGGUGUAGUUUGGCUAGAAAAUUACCUCCAACAGCUACGCGAAACAUCAGAAACAACCAUUCUUCUCGUUUCGCACGAUAGAGACUUCGUCAAUGCAGUCUGUGAAGAAAUUGUGAUUCUCCGAGAUCAGAAACUGAACUACUUCCGUGGUAAUCUUGCAGCCUACGAGCAAGAUCAUGAAGAGCAGAAACUGUAUCUUGGACGUAUGAAAGAAGCCCAGGAGCGACAGAUUGCGCAUAUGGAAGCUAGUAUUCGGGAGAACAUGAAGAUCGGGAAGAAGACCAAUGACGAGAAUAAGCUUCGGCAAGCGAAAUCACGGCAGAAAAAAGUUGAUGAUCGGAUGGGGUUGCAGGUUAGUGCGAAUGGGGGUCGAUUUAAGUUGAAUCGGGAUCUUGUGGGGUAUCAUCUUACGGCUCGGGCUGAGAUUGAGGUACCGACUGAUGAGAGAGGGGCAAGUAUGAGUUUACCUGAUGCGACUGAGCUACGAUUUCCAGGGCCGCUUGUUUCUCUGGAGGGUAUUAAAUUCCAGUAUAAGAGGAAUGAACCUGUUAUUCUGGAAGAUAUCAAUAUGGUUGUUCAUAUUGGUGAUCGAGUUGGUAUUAUGGGUCUCAAUGGUUCAGGAAAGACUACUUUGAUUCGGAUCUUGACGGGUCAACUUAUUCCCUCUAAGGGCAAAGUGACCACUCACUCUCGACUCAAAAUGGGUUACUAUGGCCAACACUCGGUUGAGGAGCUCCAAGAGCGUGGAAGAGAAGAACCCAGUCUCACAGCGUUAAGCCUUUUGAUGGCUGAGACGGACGAGUCGCUCAAUGAAGGUGCUGUGAGAGGACUUCUAUCAUCAAUGGGUCUACAAGGUCGCAUUGCGUCUGAUGUGCCCGUGGGAAAACUGUCAGGUGGACAAUUAGUCCGUCUUGCUCUCGCAAGAAUUGUCUGGAGUGCACCUCAACUUCUCAUUCUCGACGAAGUCACCACUCACCUAGACUUCCACACAGUCACCGCACUCGCCACCGCACUCUCCUCCUUCAACGGAGCCAUUAUCCUCGUCUCGCACGAUCGAUUCCUGAUCCGAUCAGUUGUCGAAGGCAAACGGGACACAGACCAUAAACUCGACGAUGAUUUCGAGGGGUUAGAGGAGGAGACGGAAGAAAGUACUGCUCGUAGCCGAGCCGUGUACGUGGUCAAAACGGGCAAGAUGAACAAGCAGCCGAACGGAGUGGAGCAGUUUGAACAGAGCCUUGUGAAGCGGGUGCAAAAGAUGUUAACUAAAUAG